GCGAGUCUGCUGACAGAUUCUCGAAGGCGGUGGCGGCGGCGGCGGCGGCGGCGGCGGCCUUAGGCUACGGGGAAUGGGAGUCCCAGGGCCCUGACUGAGCACCGCCCCCGCCUCCCUGCCGCGACAUGGCCCAGGAGAAGAUGGAGCUGGACCUGGAGCUGCCCCCUGGCUCGGGCGUGACCCCGGCGGAGGCCGGCGGCCCGGGCGGCGGCGGCGGGAGCCUCAGGAGGUCUAACAGCGCCCCCCUGAUCCACGGCCUCAGUGACACUUCGCCCGUCUUCCAGGCCGAGGCGCCGAGCGCCAGGCGGAACAGCACGACGUUCCCGAGCCGCCACGGCCUGCUGCUCCCAGCCUCCCCGGUCCGCAUGCACAGCAGCCGCUUGCACCAGAUCAAGCAGGAGGAGGGCAUGGACUUGAUCAACCGAGAGACGGUCCACGAGCGCGAGGUGCAGACCGCAAUGCAGAUAAGCCACUCCUGGGAGGAAAGUUUCAGCCUGAGUGACAACGACGUGGAGAAAUCCGCCUCCCCCAAGCGCAUCGACUUCAUUCCGGUGUCCCCAGCACCGUCACCCACCCGCGGGAUUGGGAAGCAGUGUUUUUCACCGUCCUUGCAAAGUUUUGUGAGUAGCAAUGGAUUGCCUCCAAGCCCGAUCCCCAGCCCAACUACCCGAUUUACGACCCGGAGAAGCCAGAGUCCCAUCAACUGCAUUAGACCAAGUGUUCUUGGACCAUUGAAAAGAAAAUGUGAAAUGGAAACUGAGUAUCAGCCAAAGAGAUUUUUCCAGGGCAUCACCAACAUGCUGUCCUCUGACGUUGCACAGCUGUCAGAUACCGGUGUGUGCAUAUCUUCGGAUACCCUGGAUGGAAACAGCAGCAGUGCGGGAUCGUCCUGUAACUCACCAGCGAAAGUCAGCACUACCACCGACUCUCCUGUGUCACCUGCCCAAGCAGCCUCUCCCUUUAUUCCAGUAGAUGAACUUUCAUCUAAGUGAUUCACCGAGCUUAACUUUUUUUUUCCCCCUUUUUGCAAUGGAGAGACA